CAACAGGAUUCUACCACCAGCUGCCCCUUCCAGCCAUGGCGACAGGGGCAAAUAAUUCCUCUCAUGUGGACUCUGAGUUCCGAUAUACCCUCUUCCCGAUUGUUUACAGCAUCAUCUUUGUGCUGGGGGUCAUCGCCAACAGCUAUGUGCUAUGGGUCUUUGCCUGCCUGUACCCUUCCAAGAAACUCAACGAGAUAAAGAUCUUCAUGGUGAACCUCACCGUGGCUGACCUGCUCUUCUUGGUCACCCUGCCCCUGUGGAUCAUCUACUACCACAACCAGGGCAACUGGAUUCUCCCCAAAUUCCUGUGCAACCUGGCUGGCUGCUUCUUCUUCAUCAACACCUACUGCUCAGUGGCCUUCCUGGCUGUCAUCACUUACAACCGUUUCCAGGCAGUGACCCAGCCCAUCAAGACAGCUCAGGACACCACCCGCAAGCGUGGUUUCUCUGUGUCCCUGGUCAUCUGGGUGGCCAUUGUGGCUGCAGCAUCCUACUUCUUCAUCCUGGACUCCACCAACGUGGAGCCCAACAAGACCGGCUCGGGCAACAUCACACGUUGCUUUGAGCAUUACGAGAAGGGCAGUGUGCCCGUCCUCAUCAUCCACGUCUUCCUCGUGUUCAGCUUCUUCCUUGUAUUUCUCAUCAUCUUCUUCUGCAACCUGGUCAUCAUCCGCAGGCUGCUCUUGCAGCCAGUGCAGCCGCAGCACAAUGCAGAAGUCAAGCGCCGCGCGCUGUGGAUGGUCUGCACGGUCUUGGCCGUGUUCAUCAUAUGCUUUGUGCCCCACCACAUCGUGCAGCUGCCCUGGACCCUGGUUGAGCUGGGCUUCCAGAACAGCAGCUUCCACCAAGCCAUCAACGAUGCCCAUCAGGUCACUCUCUGCCUUCUUAGCACCAACUGUGUUUUAGACCCCAUCAUCUACUGUUUCCUCACCAAGAAGUUUCGCAAGCACCUCGUUGAGAAGUUCUAUAGCAUGCGCAGCAGCCAGAAAUGCUCCCGGGCCACCUUGGAGACUGGCACUGAAGUGGUCAUGCCGCUCAACCACCUCCCUGUCCAUUCCCUCAAAAAGUAGUCCCUGAUGGUUGGGGCCAGGCCCGGAAGCUUCUCCUCCAUGGACAUCACAGACUGACCUGGGGGAUGAAGGGGUCUCUGCUGUGGUCUGGGCAUCUCCUCCCUGGGCACAAGUGGCUCUUUAAGUAUGGAGGCUACUUCACCAAGGUGGGGGUGAUGGCCAGGCCAGACUGCUGGGAAGUCCAGGACUUGAACGCGCUUCGUCGGCCACCUCGGGGCACAUGCAUAAUAACCUUGGCUGGCAACCUCAUCCUGAAUACCUGAGUCUGAUAGCUCUGCAGGGAAUGUCAGGGCCCGGGGCAGACCUUGGGGAUAGACUCCGAGCCACCCUGUUCACCCUACCAAGGCAGCUGCCCUGAGCCAGUAUGGCCUGAAGUUUUGGGCAACAACUACCUUUGCUACUUUUAUAAAGGCAGAGAAGAGGGUUUUGGGAAAGAGAUCCUCCCCUGGUUGUGUGAUGGUGUCUCUGGGGGAGACUUUUGAGCUAGGAUAGUGCCAUCUUGUCUCCAUUUAGAGGCACAGGAUCUUUGUGACACUUCUUAGGGGACGUGGCUCAGUGGAGCCUUUUCCCACUCAUCCAACAACCUGUCCUGAAUGGUGCCAGAGAGGGUAAGACAUGUUCAGGUCAAAGGCUGGGAUGGGGAGGUUGUCUCCUGAGGCAAAUGUAUCUCUCUGCAUAGGACUUGGGUCAGCUCUGGGGGACUGGGAGAGACACAACUGCCACAUCCGUCUGUCUCAGCAGUGGAUCCUGGUGAAUUACCUCCCGCUGGGCAGCUCCCUUACUGUGGGUGGGCAGGGGCCCCUCAAAGCCAAAUUGGGGGCAUCUGCGGCACCACGAUGCUCAGAGGUUUCAUGAGAAAGGGCACUUAGGUGGAGAAGUACCUGUGUGUGGGUGAGGCCUCCAGAGUGGGAGGAGCCUGUCAGGUCUCAUCUACCACCUAGCUUUCUGGG